AGGAUAGGCUUGAACUGACCUCACUCUCAUUAGUUGUGAUUGGUCUGGAGGAUGGAUAGAUAAAUAUAUAGAUAUCGUUUCAUUAAACACAGUUAUUGCUGCUUCAGACUUCUGGUCAAUCGAGUCGCUCUACUUUCUUGUAAAAGCAUCCGAAACUACAAGGCUAGAACAUUUCGUGACAGGUGCAGUAUUCUGUGUCCCCUCCCAGCUUUCUAUUCAAGCUCGCUGGAGCAACUCAGUGACCCUGGAGGGGGUUAGAAGUGAUGGAUAGCAAAGGUAGCUCCCUGCCUUCAAUGCCCGAACCAGCCAAUCCGAUCAGCAUGAAGCAGCCACCGGAGUCCCUCAGUGUACGGAAAGGUCGAGGGGAUAUGAGUAGUGACCCGGCUAUGCUAAUGGACAAAGCUGCUGCACAGCUGGCUGCCACACUACAAGACAGCGUUCUUCAGAAGAUGGCUGGCCAUAACAACCACAGUCACGACAGGCUCAAAGACCUCACCUCCCGCAUGCUCAACGGUGACCAGGACUCGCUACCCGAGCUUUGUACCCCUGAGCCACCUAUGUUCAAAGGUGCCGAAGCGCCUGCCACAAAUGGCACCCAUCAGCACAACUGUACUCCUCACACUGAAGCUGAACUAACAGUAACGAUACCCCAAGUGGUCACGCAGCCGUUAUUUGAGCCAUGUUGUGCCAAUGGGACCAGUUUGGCCACAGCCGCUGAAGGUACUAUAUCUGGAACCGAUGAGAGGCAGGAUAUGAAGAAAAGGAGGGGGCGAACUGUCAAACCAAAUCCUCAAACAAACUUAAAUCCCUCUGACAUCCCAGUGGAGCCUCCUGGCCACACAAACAUUGUGGAGGGAACCGAAGAGACUGAUGAGCCUGAGAACAGGUCAGAGUUGAAAGAGGAAGUAAAGGAAGAGGCUCCUGUGGUGAGCCGCUUCUCCGUUGGGGAUCUGGUUUGGACAAAGGUGUCAGGAUACCCCUGGUGGCCCUGCAUGGUGACCACAGACCCAGAACUGAACAAUCACUUUAAACAGAAACAGAAAACCAAUGGGAGGUCAGGCCUCCUUUACCACGUGCAGUAUUUUGGAGAUGCCCCAGAGAGAGGCUACAUUUUUGAGAAGAACAUGGUGUCUUUCACUGGUGAGGAUCAAUACCAAGAGCUUAGUCGGAGCAACAAACAGCCGGCCUCCCGUAUCAACCAUAAAAAGACGACUCCCUCUGUGCCGCGUAAACUCCAGACUCAGUGGAACAUGGGCAUCAUUCAGGCCAAGGAGGCACUCGACAUGUCCCUGGAUGCUCGCAUGGCCAACUUUGGAUUUCUGUAUGACGACGACGGGCCUCAUCUGAACCUCCACAUCUUGGAGAAGUUAAAGCCGGAACAAACCAACAAGCUGAACCAGAAAGCAGAGAAUAGGCUUAGCCCAGAUCUCCCCCUCCAACCGAAUUCCUCAAAGUCUGUAUCAGGUAAACAAGGUAAACCAGUUGUACCUCAGAAGAAAAAGAGAAUAUCCAAACAGGGUCAUUCUCCCACUAAGACAGCGAGGAGAAAGAAAACGUCUGCAGCGGACAACACUUCUGAGCCCGUGAAGAAGGGGAAAACAAAGGAGGUCUCAUCAACAAAUGAUGUUUCAGAAGUGGCCUCACUUCCAGUUUCAGUUCCAGUGAAAAAGGAGCAAAAGAAGAAGAAAAGGCUGUUAACAGAUGCUGUGGCAGACAAGGAUCAACAGUCUAAAAAGAGAUCCAAACCAAGCAAAGAUACUCAAAAACAGACUUUGACUUCAGAAGGACCAGUGAAAAAGCGGAGAAGGUGGACAAAGAAAACUGACGUAAAGGAUGCAAAAGAACCCAGGAAACAUCUGAAUAAGUCAAAAAGUCCCCUGACUGAUGACCAAGAGGCAGAGAAACCAAAGCGCAAGAGAAAAAGGAAACAGGAUGGAACGAAUCAGGCCACACCCUCCAAGGCAAAGAAGAGGCGUUCCUCCCCGUGUCCUGAUCCCGAGGGUUCUGGGAGUGAAGGACGCCCUGAAUCUCCGAGUGACAGCUUAGACGGGACAAAGAAGGGUGAACGCAAAAAAGAGUUUGUCUGUCAGAUGUGUGAGCAGGCUGGUGAGGACCUGGUGCCCUGUGAGGGUCAGUGCUGCGGGAUGUUCCACCUCCACUGUCUCGGUCAGACUCUCAAUCCUGACGACAAGCUGUUGUGUCAGGAGUGUAGCACAGGAAUUCACUCGUGUUUCAUUUGUAAGAAGUUGGAGGGUGAGGUCCGCCGCUGCCACGUCCCACACUGCGGCAAAUUUUACCACGAAGCGUGUGUCCGCCUCAACACCCUCACGGUGUUUGACAACAAGGGCUUCCGGUGCCCGCUACACACCUGCCUGAGCUGCCACUACGGCUGCCGCACAAAGCACAAGUCCAACAAAGGCAGGUUGAUGCGAUGCCUUCGAUGCCCAGUAGCGUACCACAUUGGCGAUCAGUGUGUGGCUGCAGGAAGUGAGAUGAUCACCAACACUGCCAUCAUCUGCACCAACCACUUCAACGCCAAGAAGGGCUACAGCCACCACAGUCAUGUCAAUGUCAGCUGGUGCUUCGUCUGCUCCAAAGGGGGGCAGCUGUUGUGCUGUGAGUCCUGCCCGGCAGCUUUUCACCCUGACUGCCUGAAUAUCGCUAUGCCGGAUGGGAGCUGGUUCUGCAACGACUGCCGAGCCGGAAAGAAACCCAAGUACAGGGACAUCAUCUGGGUCAAACUGGGAACAUACCGAUGGUGGCCAGCAGAGAUCCACCACCCAAGAAACAUUCCCACCAACAUCCAGCAUCUUCGACACGAGAUCGGAGAGUUCCCAGUCUUCUUCUUUGGCUCCAAAGAUUACUUCUGGACUCACCAGGGCAGAGUAUUUCCCUACAUGGAAGGCGACAGGGGAAGCAAACAUCAGAGGAAUGGAAUUGGCAAAGUCUUCAAGAAUGCUCUGCUGGAGGCCGAAACUCGAUUUAAGGAGAUAAAGAUAAAGCGAGAGGCUAAGGAAGCGCAGGAGAACAGCCGUAAACCUCCCCCAUAUAAAUUUAUCAAGGUCAACAAACCUGUCGGCAAGGUUCAGGUGUACACUGCAGACAUUUCUGAGAUCCCCAAAUGUAACUGCAAGCCAUCUGGCGAGCGGCCGUGUGGGUUUGAGUCGGAGUGCUUGAACCGCAUGCUGCAAUACGAGUGCCACCCUCAGGUGUGUCCCAGUGGGGAGCGCUGCUGUAACCAGGACUUCACCAAACGUCUGUAUCCAGAGACCAAGAUUAUCAAGACUCCCGGCAAAGGUUGGGGCCUGAUCUGCCUGCGCGACAUCAAGAAGGGUGAGUUUGUGAAUGAGUACAUUGGAGAGCUGAUCGACGAGGAGGAGUGCAGGGCGAGAAUCAAAUACGCUCAUGAAAACAACAUAACCGACUUCUACAUGCUCACCAUCGACAAGGACCGAAUCAUCGACGCUGGCCCGAAAGGAAACUACUCUCGCUUCAUGAACCACAGCUGUCAGCCCAACUGUGAGACACAGAAGUGGACGGUGAAUGGUGACACACGUGUGGGGCUGUUCGCCGUCUGCGACAUCCCAGCAGGCACUGAGUUGACUUUUAACUAUAACCUGGAUUGUCUCGGCAACGAGAAGACCGUGUGCCACUGCGGCGCGCCCAACUGCAGCGGAUUUCUUGGUGACCGACCGAAGAACUCAAAUGGCCAAACAGCUGAGCCAAAAGGAAAGAGGUUGAAGAGAAAGUAUAAAAAGAGGAAAUCUGAGGGAAAGAAAAAAUCUGAGGACGAGUGUUUCCGCUGUGGAGACGGAGGACAGCUGGUGCUCUGUGACAAGAAGACCUGCACCAAAGCUUAUCACCUGUCCUGCCUGAACCUCACCAAGAGACCGUUCGGCCGCUGGGACUGCCCCUGGCAUCACUGUGACGUCUGUGGGAAAAACUCUGAAGCCUUCUGCCAACUCUGCCCCAACUCGUUCUGCAAGGCUCACCAGGAGGGGGCGCUGCGUCCCUGGCCCCCCACAGGACAGCUGUGCUGUAUGGAGCACGAAGAGCUGGAGGGAGGCGACAGCCACGCCCAGGAUAUCGACUCGGAGACGAAAACGGCCGCCGCCAGUCGUUCCUCUAAAAGCUCCAAGAAGGCGGAGGGAGCAGAGGGCAAAACAAAGGGCUCCAAGAGAAAAGCCGCAGACACCUGAAGUGACCUUUCACAGAGCCAAAAACACCAAACCAGACUCGGGCCCCCUUCUUCCCCAUCCGCAUAUAGUGUUUUCACAGGAACCAAGGCACUGAACAUCUUUGUUAUCAGGGAAAGCCGCUGAUCUCUCACAUGCUCAGCAAUGGCUCAUCGCUCAAGAGUCUUUUUGUUUUUUACCUUUGAAAUUUUCAGGCUUUUUUUUUCUCUUGGUUUUUUUCCCUCUCCCCCCGUCACGCCUGAGGCAAACCAUCUGUGGUGAAGCACAAAUCAGCAGAUCAAGCACAGGUCCAGACACUCAUUCCUCCAGAAACCAAACAGCCUCUUCUCUUACUGUCAGCUUGUUGGUUUGUUUUUCCUCGUAUAUAACAGAAGAAAUGAGCUGGCGUCUGCAUUAACACUGAUCCAGCCAGGGCUGAAACAGCGUGCCAGUGUCACCGUCUAACUUGAACCUCAGUCGGGCCCCCUCCUCUCACUCAACACGGAUUAUCUUGAACAGCAGAGUUUUAUAGCUUAUAUCUAUAUGUGUAUAUCGAAGACCAAAAGUAUAAUUACUGGAGUAGUGUAAGACAUCACACAGGUUGCCAAAUGGAUUGUUUUUAUUUUUAUAUAUAGUAUAUAUAUAUGCCAGAUGUAAUAUGGAACACCAAGACACUAUGGAUAGGCGUCAGAUGACCUCUUUUGUUUUUGUAGCCAUAGAUGACCUGUAACUGUAGACGUGUGCUGUUGUUUUUGUUUUAGCUCAGUUGAACCUUUUUCUUUUUUUUAAAAUAAUUUUAUGAUUAUUUUUUUUACUUGAGUUUAUUUGUGAAACAAAGAUGUUGAACAGUGUGAAGCAUGUCCAGUAAACGAGGGAUUACAAAAGGUAUUAAAAACGAGAGCAGUCUGAAAACUGCCCUGUGACUUUUAAAAAAACAACAAAAACACUACUUGGAGGAUUUCCAGGUCUUAAAUACUCUCUGUUCGAUGAUGAGCCACAUUCUUGAAGGAAUGACGGUGACUUUUCGGGUCAGUUCAGAGUCCUUAAGGUGCUCUCUCUCUCUCUCUCUCUCUUUUUUUAAAUAUCCACUGUAGCGUCUGAAAUCUGAGCAGAUUUUAGGCUAGAGAUAUAAUAAUGCUGUCUGAAAGUCGGGCUUUUUAUCGACGUCAAUCUGAGAUUUAAAAAAAAGAAACUUUUUCUUUCUUUCUCUCUUUCAAUCCUCAGGAGGUUUUUGUCUCAGAACUGCAGUCCGGUUAUUGUUUAACACUCACACACUGGCAGACGACGGCACACUGGCUAACGUAAUGGAUCUUAAUAUUUGACGUGUAUUUUGUCGCAUUUAACGAUGAGCCCUGAGGGCGACGUGUCAGACACUUGGCUGAGCAUAAAACUGCUAAAAUACUUUGCCUGUGUUUGGCUGAUGCAAGUUCCAUAACCUCACCCUGCAGACGGUGUAAGGAUGGCCACCAUGUCCCCCUAGUCCCAUACUGAGGGGUUUUUCAAAAAUUUGAUGUUCCAAUAGGAGACGUGAUGAGUCGCUGUCAUUGGCUGACGACUGCCAGCGUUUGCUGAGGUCACAGAGUGAGGGAGCUCAGUGCUUCUGUUUGUGCAGCAUUUCACUAGAACGCCUAAAAGCUAGUCCUGAUAUUUGUGCAGGGGGGAGUCUGUAUUUACCUUCUGCAUCAGCCAAGCCACCAACACCCUCACCCCACCCACCCAAUUUUUAUUUUUUUCCCCUGAAGGUGUUAAAACGGCGUUCCCACAGGUGUAUCUUCAUGUAUGUAAUGAUUUUCUUUUAUUUAAAGUGCUGAGCUGAGCCAAGUCUGACAAUAUAGAGCUCUGAAACCACUGCUUCUGAAACGCACACACACUUGGGGAGGGAAGAGCACAAUCAGGUUGCUGUAAUCAUGUGACACCUUCACACUUUUGCCAGUUUUUGCCUGAAAAGUGCUGAUUAUGCUUCCUGAGCGGAUUUGACAUAUUUUAGGUAUCGCUGCUGCUGCUGCUCUCUGAGUCGGUCACGAGGCUGCAGACGUUUGCUUGUGCCUUUAACUUCACAUUUGUCCGACUGUUUAAAUUCUCUCUUCCAAACAGGUCGCUUGUUUCAGCAACUUUUUUCUUUCUUUUUUUUUUAAAUCUCUUAAAAAGAAAAAGACUCGGAAGCAGAUUUUACUUGUAUACAUCCAUCAGGAGGCUGUUCUCUUGUUUUUGUUUUUUUUAAUAACUGCACUUUUUUUUUUUGUAAAGUUUUCCCCCAGGGUAUGUGACUGGGACGUGUCCAAAUGUUCAGCGAUACUUGUAUGAGUAUUUUUGACUUCCUAUGUUAAUGAUCUUCAUCCUAACCUUGAUUUAUUGUUCUGUUGAGUGAAUGUAGUCCAACCAGUUCCUUUUUUCUUUUUUUUAUUUUAUUUUGAAAGCACUGUAAUUUCCUGUAGAGCUGAAGUGUAAUGCGUGUAGGGGUUUCAUUCUGUAACUACUGUCAUAGUAAACCAGACUAAUAUGUACAUAAUGUAUAAGUGGUAAUAGUGAUGCAUUUAUUGUAAAUAUACAAGUUUGUGUCCUUUUUUUUUUUUUUUCUUUUCUUUUCUUCCUCCCCUUGAUGCAGUGCUGAAACACUUUUGUGCAGGAUCUCACGUCAGCUGAAUCGUGCAAUAAAAAGUGGUCAAACAUGUAUCCACCGUCUGCUUUUUUUUUUUUUUUUCUGUGUAACUGAGAGAAAUAAAUGUAUCUCUGUUUUUACCGAGACACCAGUGUGAGAUGGCACGCCUCCACAGAAUUCAGUCAGGAGCCAGAAGAAUUGCUUUAUACAGCAUAAAGUCAGUUUUGGUUUGGUUUUUAAUAAAGGCAUUCAAAUCACAAA